UGCUUCAAUAACGUCAGCCACAGCGAUCUGCCCUCUGUUUUUCUCUUCCACUUUCUUUCUCCAGGUGCUGGAAUUUUUCUUGCCCCCUCCCUAUAUCUCCUGGCGGACAGCUUCAGACGAGGCCAACUGUUUCUUGUCUCUCUUUUCCCACCAAUCUCGCACCAACUGUUGGUUGCACGUACACAUUGUACUCUGUCUUGAACAUCGGAUUGACCAACCAGACCUUUCGAAAGUUCGCUGCUAAUAACUAAUGUCGCCUCCGUUGCGCCGAGCGCCGCGCGUCGCAAAUCAGAAUCAUCCCAACUACCUGGCGCAUCGCGUGUGGGUGCCCCUUGUUCCACAAGGAAUCGAUGAGCAGGCCGAACGUUCCCGGCUGCAGGAUAUUCACAACACUUUCUUGGACGCAUUUGAGAAUGGCACACUUAAGCUCCCGGGAGUCGUAUCACCGUCUGCUAACGAUUUAACCUCUGAGGCCGCUGAUGACCUAUCUACCUUACAGGCCUGUGUUUACUGGCAGCAAAAGAAACGCACGUCCAUCGACUUUAUCGCAGCAAGUUGCCAAGUCAAGGCAUGUGGUGAUGGCACAGCUGCCACAAUCCAUCUCUUGACAACACAGAGCGAUACAGAUGAUCUGAAGUGGCUGUACCGAAAGGCUUUCUUGGCCCUCCACCCCGGGGGUUGGUUGAUGCAGCUCCAGGUCCAUCACCAGCAGCCCCAAGCCCACCAGAUGCAUAUGCUAGCUUUGGCCUCGCACAAGCACACGCAGCCGUUGACGGAUCCGGUCAAGACUACUUUGCAGGAAGAGGGCUUUAUUCAGCUUAGCCUAAGUGUUGCACGUGCAUCAUCAGCCACAGGUACCGUUAGUGCCAAAGUGCCUUCUGCUGCUACCGGAACCUACGAAAUGCGUGUAUGGACGGCCCAGAAGCCUUGGAUGUGUGGCAUCUCAGGAGAAGGGUAAACACAGGGCCUA